AUAAUAAAAGGAGGGGAAAAGAGGCUCAAAGGUCCAGUCUUGUCCACCCCAUAUCUGACUCAAUCUGCCACUCCAAACCCCACAAACACCACACCACUCUCUUCUAUCUCUCACUCUCUUCAACGUUCAGUCUCUCACUGUAACAAAAACAAAACUAAUGAUAAAUCCCAUCCCUACCCCUAUUAAUUUUACAAUAUACACCCCUUGAAAUAAAACAUUAUUGCACAUUCACUCCCUUGAUUUUUUUACCUAUUCUUUUCAUAAAUUUCCCUCUACACGCUACUCGCACCGCGUGUCCACCUAAAGCCACUUCUUAUAAAAACACCCCCAAAACAUCCCAUUCUCCCCUCGCCCCAUAAAUACAUAAUAUAUAUGUUAUAUAUAAAGAUUAUAAGUCUUCAAAAUUAUUAAUGUCUAUCAAUUUCUUAUCUCUGUGAAUGUGACCAUUUUAUUAUUAUUAUUAUUAUCAUUAUCAUGGACGAUGAUGUUGUUGUUGAGUAUCAUCAGCCACAACACCCAUAAUAAGAAGAAGAUUUCAAGUGCGAAAAUGGUGAUGAAAUGAAGGAGCGUCAGCGUUGGCAACCGGAAGAAGACUCACUCCUUCGAGCUUACGUUAAGCAAUAUGGCCCCAAAGACUGGAAUCUCAUCUCCCAGCGCAUGGGAAAGCCACUCCAACGCGACCCAAAAUCUUGCCUCGAGCGCUGGAAAAACUACCUAAAGCCCGGUCUCAAGAAAGGCUCUCUAACCCCAGAAGAACAGUCUCUCGUCAUUUCUCUUCAGGCUAAGUACGGCAACAAGUGGAAGAAGAUCGCCGCCGAGGUCCCAGGCCGUACGGCCAAGAGACUCGGAAAGUGGUGGGAGGUCUUUAAGGAAAAGCAGCUCAAGCAGUUGAAUAAGAACAACAAAUCUUCAUCAUCAUCUUCUUCCCUGCUGAUCAGUGCUACGAAUAGCUUGCAAUCCCAUCAUCAUCAGUUAUACCCAGAAGGUAAUAUUCCCAUAACUGGAGUUGGAUCGCCGGAAAACGCUGCCCAGGGACCAUACGACCACAUUCUGGAGACUUUCGCCGAGAAAUACGUACAGCCCAAGCUGUAUGCAGCCGCCGCUACCGGCUGCGUCAGCCCAGCUUUCAUGCCUAACAUGGUGGUGACCGAUCCGGAUCCGGUUUUAUCACUCGGGUCGGUGAAUUCUACCGUCCCGGCCGUGGUUCCGCCGUGGAUGAACUCGUCUUCUGCGGCAGCGACGUCGUCUCUUUCAUCCUGCACUUCUUCGACACCGUCUCCUUCGGUGAGUCUCUCACUGUCGCCGUCCGAACCCGUUAUUGACCCGGAAAUGAACCGGUUGGUUCCAGUUCAGCAACUGGGUAGUCUGGUUCAGUACUGUAAGGAGGUGGAGGAAGGUCGGUUGAGCUGGCUGCAUCACAAGAAAGAGGCCACGUGGCGUUUGAGCCGGCUGCAGCAACAGCUGGAGUCAGAGAAAGCGAGGAAGAGGAGAGAGAAAAUAGAGGAAACGGAAGCCAAGAUAAGGAGCUUGAGAGAGGAAGAGAUGGCGUCACUGAGUCGAAUUGAGAACGAGUACAGAGACCAACUCAGUGAAUUGCAGAGAGAAGCGGAGAGUAAAGAGGCGAAACUGGUCGAAGCUUGGUGCGGUAAGCACGCGAGGCUUGCCAAGCUCGUUGACCAGAUUGGGGUCCACGCUGCUGGAGUUUCUUCUCUUCGCCUCAACACUAGUACUCGUCCAAAUUAGUUUUCUUAUUAUUUUUUUGUUUUUCUUUCUUUAAUUUGUAUUGAAAAAUAUAUAUUUAAUGGCGGGCUCAAGUGAUCGUGAUUGAACUACUAACCCCACAUCACCCAAUAUGCAUGAAAAUAUUCAGAAUCAAUUUUGCUUUAUAUGGUUAAUUUAUAUUACAUGAUAAA